AUGGCUCUCGAUAAAUCUGUUGUCAGCAGGGUGGAGAGAGACAAAACCAAAGGACAUGUGAAACUAGCAGAGAUGGGCUCCAAACAUGGACCUGUGAGCUUAGUGAAUAGAAUUCAAUUGGUGAAAGGGCUAGAGGAUGUGACGCUGUGUGAGAAAGAAGUCUGUACAUUUGAGGUGGUCCUCAGCCAUGCGUACAUCCAGGGUGAAUGGACCAGGAAUGGACUCCCCCUUAAAUCCAGGCCUGUGUGUCGAAUUGCCACGCAGGGGAAAAAACACACACUCACCCUGACGCGGGUCACGGUUUCUGACAUGGGCGUCAUCAGCUUCAAGGCUGAAGGGAUCGAAAGCUCAGCUAUGCUGACAGUCACAGCCAGGGAUAUAAAGAUUGUGAAGGAUCUUCAGAAUGCCAGUGUGACCGAGAGGGAGAGUGUGACAUUUAUCUGUGAGGUCAACUGGGAAGAUGUGGAUGGGAAGUGGUACAAGGACGACAGCCGGUUGCGAGCUAGGGACAAUGUUAAAAUAAGAUGUGAGGGUAAAAUACACUCCCUGAGCUAUAAAUCAGUCAAACCAGAAGAUGCUGGUGAAAUCAGAUUCACUGCCGAGAGGGUCUCUUCAACAGCAACACUACGAGUUAAAGAGCUUCCAGUUAAUUUUUUGAAGCCCCUGAGGGUGAAGAUUGCUAUGUACAAACACCGUGCCUUGCUGGAGUGUCAGGUCUCCCGUGACAAUGCUGUGGUUAAAUGGUACAGAAGAAACCAUGAAAUUGUGCCAAAUGGCAAGUACCAAACUAUCAGUGAAGGUGUGUACAGACAGCUCAUCAUAGAUGAUGUGGGCUCCUCAGAUGAAGACACUUUUAUCUGUGAUGCUGUUGAUGAGAGGACUUCCUGCCAACUGUUUGUAGAGGAGCAGGCCAUCGGCAUUUUGAAAGGACUCAGUUCUGUGGAGGUCAUGGAGCCUAAAGAGGCUCGUUUUAAAGUGGAAACCAGUAUUAAAUUAGAGAGGGCACCAAAAUGGACCCUGAAUGGGCAGAUGCUAUGCCCCUGUCCAGAAAUCAGGAUUGAGAGGCAAGGAACCUCGAACAGACUUAUUUUCACCCAAACUGACAGCAGCAUGUGUGGCAUUGUGCAGUUCACCUCGGGGAAGAGCAAGUCAGAAGCUCAACUCACAGUUACAGAGCGGCCUUUGAUCAUCAAACAGCCCAUUUCAGAUGUGGAGGUGAAGGAGAACGGGUCAGUUACUCUCAGCUGUGAGUUCUGUCCAUCCCCCAGAGUGGUGCGCUGGUUCAAGGGUAGAACACCCCUGUUUGCCUCCAAUAAGUGCACAAUGAAGCGAGAAAAGAACCGGGUUGAGAUGACCAUCCUGGGUGUGAAAGUAGCAGAUUCAGGAGAGUAUCGGUGUCUGGCUGGUGGCUCGGAGACAAGAGGAAGAAUCAGUGUGGAAGUUAAAAGGUUGAAGAUCAUAAGACAUCUGGAGCAAGUAGAGACUGAGGAAGAUGGAUGCGCUGUAUUCAGUUGUGAACUGAGUCACGAGUCACCCAGUGUCCAGUGGCUUCUCAAUGACAGAGUACUGUACACCAACCACAUAAACAAAGUCCAGAAUUCUGGAAAAGUGUACAGUCUGAUUCUAAAGCGACUCGCUCCUCAAGAGAGCCGUGUAACAUUCAAAACCUUUGAUAUCAGCGAGUCUGUGUUCCUCAGGGUCAGAGAAAAGCCAGCAGUAUUUCUCAGGUCACUGGAGGAUGUAGCAGGUGAGGAGCGUGGAGAAGUCCUUCUGCAGUGUGAGGUUUCCAAGCCGUCUGUAACUUCUGUCUGGAGGAAAGAUGGUGAAAUUCUGACUGUCAAUGAGAAGUAUGAGAUUCUUCAUUUAGGAAAGUCAUUGACUCUUAUAAUUCGCAAGCUGAGAAAGGACGAUGGAGGGGAGUACAGUUGUGAUAUUGGCUGCAGCCAAACUAAAGCGAAAGUCAUAGUUCGUGACCUGCGCGUUACCAUUACCAAACGCAUACGGACAACAACUGUGCUGGAAGGGGAAGACUGCAGUUUUGAGUGUGUCCUGUCCCAUGAAAUCAUCGAUGAAGCAUUGUGGAUCUUGAAUGGCAAACUGAUUGUCAGCAAUGGACGGAUCAUAGUCACUAACCAGGGGUGCAAAUACACAAUGAGCAUUCAGGAAGUUAUUAUAUCUGAUGCCGGAGAAGUGGUCUUUACCAUCAAAGAUCUCAGUUGCAGGACUAUGUUGUUCGUCAAAGAGAAGCCUGUGAGAGUGUUUAGGGAUAUGCUAAAUGUUAAAGCGACACCCGGUGAAGAUCCAGAGCUCAGCUGUGAGAUCACCAAACCUGAUGCAACAGUUAAAUGGCUGAAAAAUGGGCGAAUAAUUAGAGUCAGCCCAAAAUAUGAAAUAACCCAAAAGGAUUAUUUGGUGAAGCUCAUCAUCCAUAAUGCAGCCAUAAUGGACUCAGGAGAGUACUGCUGUGAGGCUGAUGGGAUUGCUACAAGGGCAAGAUUAGAUGUCAGAGACUUGCAACAAACAUUUGCGAAGGAACUGAAGGAUUUGCGUGCAGAGGAAAAGGGCACAGUGAUCAUGGAGUGUGAAACCAGGAGGGCCACCACUACCGUGAACUGGUUAAAAGGCUUGAUGGUGCUCAGCUCGGGACAAAAGUACAUGAUGAAGAAAAAGGAUGUUGUCCUCACUCUGACCAUCUUCAGUCUGGAGAAGAGUGACAGUGCCGUCUACACCUGUGACGUUGGGACAAUGCAGAGCAGGGCAUUACUUACAGUUCAAGGUCAAAAAGUGGUCAUUGUGGAUGAGCUAGAAGAUAAAGAGUGUCUAGAAGGAGAUACCAUCGUCUUCAAGUGUCGGAUCUGCCCAAGUGACUAUACUGACAUUAAAUGGUACCUGGAUGAGACCUUGCUCUAUACUAAUGAUCUUAACGAGAUCAAGAUGAUGCCUGGUGGCUACCACACUCUUACCUUUAAACAGCUUGCACGUAAAGACACCGGCACCAUCUCCUUCGAGGCUGGGGACAAAAGAUCAUAUGCGUCACUAUUAGUCAGAGAGAGACGCCCCACGAUAACUAAAGCAUUGGAGGACACAGAAGCAAUUGAAGGAGGAAGUUUGGUGCUGUUAUGCAAGACCUCAAAGCCAUGUCAUAUUGUUUGGUACAAAGAUGGCUGUUUAGUCUGGAAUUCCUCAAAGUACUUAGUUAGUCGAUCUGGGAAUGAGGCCAGGCUGGCCAUCCGUGAUGUGAAAGACAGUGACGCAGGGGUGUACGAGUGCGAUGCAGGAUCGGUUAGCAGUAAAGCCACUUUGACUGUUAAAGUUAUCCUUGCUGAGUUUACAAAAGCUCUUCAGAACCAGGAGGUCAAAGAGGGAGAGAGUGUGACGCUGACGUGCGAAUACUCUAUACCCGGCGUCCAGUUUGUCUGGCGCAAAGGACCUGAGACACUAAAAUAUAGUGAUAAGUACCACAUGAGGCAGAGGAAAUCUUGCAUUUCUCUUACAAUACACAAUCUGAUGCCGGAAGACUCUGGGAAUUACACAUGCAUUUGCAGAGACCAAAAAACUAUGGCUACUGUUACAGUCAAUGCGGUUCCUAUAUCAUUUGUUAAAGAGCUCAAGAACCAAGAGACAGAGGAGGGUAAAAAUGUGACAUUACGCUGUGAGCUUUCUAAAGCUGGAAUCCCUGUGGAAUGGUUGAAAGGUGAACAAAAGCUCUGUCCUGGCGAGAAGUAUCAGAUGAGACACAUAGUCACCAUACUGGAGCUGGUAAUCAGAAGUCCAGUGCCUGAGGACAGUGGAACGUACAUCUGUGUGUGUGAAGAUCAAAGGACCAAAGCUAUUAUCAAAAUACGAACUCAACCCAUUACGUUCAAACAGAAGUUAAGAAAUCAAAUAGCUGAGGAGGGAAACAGCAUAAUCUUACAUUGUGAGAUAUCCAAACAAGACAUCCCUGUUGAGUGGAGAAAGGGGAACAACCUGCUCAAGUCCGGAGAGAAGUACAAGAUCAGGCAGAGAGGCUGCAUGCUAGAGCUGAAGAUUUUCAAUUUGACACAAGAGGACAGUGGAGUCUAUAGCUGUACAAGUGAAACUGCCCAGACAUCAGCCAACAUUACUGUUAGUGGUCAACCUGUCACUUUCAAAGAGAAGCUGAAAAACCUGGUAGCCGAGGAAGGGAAGAUGAUAAAAUUGCAUUGUGAGCUUUCCAAAACCGGUGUCCCAGUAGAAUGGUGGAAUGGAGACGAGCUGCUCCAGCCUGGAGAGAAGUAUAAGAUGAAAGAACGAGACGCAUCAGUUGAGCUGAUCAUCUGUGAGGCCGUACCUGAAGACAGUGGAGUCUACAGAUGUGUCUGUGGAGACCAAAAGACCAAAGCUACAAUCAAAAUUGUUGGUGCUCCAGCUACUUUUAAACAAAAACUUACGAACCAAGAAGCUCUUGAAGGGGAAUCUAUAACCUUACACUGUGAGCUCUCCAAAGUUGGAGUACCUGUGCAAUGGUGGAGAGGAGAUAAACCGCUCCUUCCAGGGCCACGGUACCAGACGAGGCUGGAUGGAAGGACAGCUGAGUUGGACAUAACUAAUAUUUUCUCUGAAGAUGCUGGAAUAUACAGCUGUGUGACUGGAGGCCAAAAGACCACAGCUGAAGUGAAAGUCAAAGCUCGUCCGAUUACAUUCAAUCGAGAGCUUCAGAACCAGGUGUCUAUAGAGGGUGAGAGUGCAGUAUUUACCUGUGAGCUUUCAAAGCCUGGUGCUCCAGUCGAAUGGAGGAAAGGUAGAGUAAUUCUGAAAGCUGGAGCCAAAUAUCAUACGAAACUGGAGGGACGAUUAACCAAACUGGUGAUAAAUAAUCUUGUUGAGGAUGAUGCAGGAAAUUACACCUGCAAAACCAAAGAUUCACAAUCAACAGCCAAAUUGAUGGUUCAAGGACUCCCUGCUACCUUUAAAGCAACUCUGAAGAACCAGGAACCUCAGGAGGGGAACAGUGUCACUUUGCACUGUGAACUUUCUAAGCCAGGAGUUCGAGUAGAGUGGUGGAAAGGAGAAGAAAUGCUCAAGACUGGAGAAAAAUAUCAAUUGAGACACAAAGAAGCAAAAGCUGAACUGCUAAUAAGGAAGGCACAACCAGAAGACAGUGGAGUUUAUCGAUGUGUCUGUGAAGAUCAAAAGACCGAAGCCACCAUCAAAGUUAAUGCUCUCCCCAUCACUUUCAAACAAGAACUUAUGAAUCAAGAGGGUGAAGAAGGGAACAACGUCACCUUGCGCUGUGAGCUCUCAAAGGCCAGUGCUGGUGUGGAGUGGUUGAAGGGAGAAGAAGUACUUAAGCCUGGAGAAAAGUACCAGAUGAGACAGAUUGCAACUAAAAUGGAGCUUGUUAUCAGGAAAGCCAUACCUGAAGACAGUGGAGUCUACUUUUGUGUGUGCCCUGAUCAGACAUCCAAAGCAACGGUUAAAAUCAAUGCUUUCCCAAUCACGUUCAAACAAAACUUGAGAAAUCAAGAAGUGGUGGAGGGCAACACUGUUGCUUUGCGUUGCGAGCUUUCCAAACCGGGCGCCUCUGUGAAAUGGUGGAGGGGUGAAGAGAUGCUGCGAGUUGGAGAAAAGUACCAGAUGAGGAUCGAGGGAAGGAUUGCUGAACUACUUAUCAAGAAUGUCAACUCUGAAGAUAUAAGCUCCUACAGCUGCACUACGGGAAAGGAAAAGACAACAGCAGAAGUCAAAGUCAAGGCUCUACCCGUCACUUUUAAACAAGAACUCCAAAACGAAGUAACUAAAGAAGGUGGGCAAGCUGUGUUAAGGUGUGAGCUCUCUAAACCCGGCACUCAAGUAGACUGGAGAAAAGGAAGAAUUAUUCUCAAACCCAAUGACAAGUAUGAAAUAAAGCAAGAGGGAACAUUCACCAAACUGGUCAUACAUAAUGUUGAAGCAAGUGAUGCUGGGAGCUAUUCAUGUAAAACCAAGGAUUCUGAGACAACUGCUGAGCUAACCGUUAAGGUUCCACCGAUCACUUUUAAAGUCAAGUUGAAAAAUCAGGAAGUUGAAGAAGAAAAUACACUCGUAUUACACUGUGAGCUCUCAAAAGCUGGAUGUCCUGUUGAAUGGAGAAAGGGGGAAGAGCUCCUCAGAUCUGGGUAUAAGUAUCAAAUCAGGGAAUGUGAUGUUACAAGGGAGCUGAUCAUCAUGAAAGCCUUGCCUGAAGACAGUGGAAUCUACAUAUGCAUUUGUGGGGAGCAGAAUACCAAAUCUACAGUCAGAGUGUUCGCCACACCAGUAACGUUCAAACAAAACCUGAAGAACCAAGAGGCUCCUGAGGGAGGUGUUGUUAUUCUGCACUGCGAGUUGUCCAAGGCUGGGGUACCAGUAACAUGGUUGAGAGGGGACGAGGAGCUCAGCAAUGGAACUAAAUACAAGAUCAAGCAGGAGGGAUUGGUUGCCGAAUUAUACAUUAAAAAUGUCAUUCCUGUGGAUGUUGGGGAAUAUAGCUGCAUUGUUGGAGACCAGAAGACAACAGCUGAAGUUAAUGUUAGGGCUGCUGCCUCUGUGUUCUUUGAGAAAGAGCUUGAGAGUCAAGAAGCAAUAGAAGGGGAAUCUGUCCUGUUUAGUUGUUUACUCUCUAGCGACAAUGCCCCAGUGACCUGGAGAAAAGAUGCAAAUCAGAUCACACAGGGUGGGCGAUAUACCCUCCACCGUAAAGGUGCCACUCAGGAGCUCGAAAUCAGGAAACUGAGAAUGGAGGACGCUGGCGUGUACACAUGCAGCGUCAGAGGCAAGAAGACGUCUACAACCCUCAGAGUGAUAGAGCGUGUGAGGAUUGUGAAAGGACUGCGUGACUUGGCGGUUACUGCAGGCGAGAGCGCCCGCUUUGUGUGCGAACUUUCACACGAGAACAUCCUUGACGGGGUUUGGUGGCUUGGUUCCAAUGUACUGCAGGAGAACGAGAUGAACCAGAUGAGUAUCUGUGGCAAAGAACACCAGCUGGUGCUCACUAUGACCACACCUGAAGAGUCAGGUGUUGUGUCCUUUGUGGUGGGAAAUGAAAAGACUUCUGCUCAUCUCCGUGUAAACAGCAAACCUAAAGUUUUCAUUGAAGAAAACCUGAAAGACAUGACCAUUUUUGAGGGAGAUUCUGCCACCCUGUGCUGUGUGACUUCUGACUCCUGCACACUUAUAACCUGGAAACGAAAUAAUGUAACCCUGCUCCCUGGGGAAAAGUAUGAACCUCUGAAACAUGGGAAACGAAAUAUUCUUCUAAUUCACAAAGUCAGAAAAGAGGAUGCUGGGAUUUACAUGUGCGAUACAGGAGACAUGCAGAGUAGUGCUACUCUUACAGUCAAAGAGCGUCCUUUGUUUUUCUGCGGGGAGCUCCAAAACCAAGAAGCAGAAGAGGGUGAGACUACUUUCUUGUGCUGUGAGCUGUCUCAACCUGGAGUUGCAGUUGAGUGGAAGAAGGGAGCAGUUCUGCUUAGACCGGGUAACAAAUAUGAUAUCAAACAGGAUGGAUGUGAGCUACAGCUACAGAUCAAUGACCUCACAAGUCAGGACAGUGGGGCCUACAGGUGUUGCGCCGAUGGCAUUGAGACAAGGGCCAGUAUUACUGUGAAAGAGCGCCCUUUGUUUUUCUGUGAAGAGCUUCAAAACCAAGAAUUAGAGGAAGGUGAAACGGCUUUCUUGUGCUGUGAGCUCUCUAAACCCGGAGUAUCAAUACAGUGGAAGAAGGGGGCAAUGCUCCUGAAGAAUGGACAAAAGUAUGCAAUGAUCCAAGAGGGCAAUGAAGUACAACUUCAGAUCCAUGACCUCACAAGUCAAGACAGUGGCAUCUACAGAUGCUAUGCUGGCAAUCUAGAAACACGGGCUAAUAUUAUUGUCAAAGAUCAACCUCUUUUCUUCUGUGAGGAACUCCAUAACCAGGAGGCAGAGGAGGGUGAGAUAGCCUUCCUUUGCUGUCAGCUGUCUAAACCUGGAGUUGAAGUGCAGUGGAAGAAGGGAGCAAUACGACUGAGACCAGGAAACAAAUAUGAGAUGAAACAAGAUGGCUGCAAAGCACAGCUACAGAUCCAUGACCUGACACGUCAGGAUAGUGGCACUUACAAGUGCUGCUCUGGAAGCCUGGUUACCACGGCAUCAGUUGCAGUCAAAGAACAACCUUUGUACUUCAUCAAGAUGCUUGAGUGUCAAGAAGCAGAGGAGGGGGAAACUGCCUUUCUUUGUUGCGAGCUUUCAAAACCUGGGGCUACCGUAAAUUGGAAGAAGGGAUCUGUGCUGCUAAAGCCUGGAAGAAAGUAUGAAAUAAAGCAGAAUGGUGGUGAACUGCAACUUCAGAUCCAUGAGCUCACAAGCCAAGACAGUGGUGUCUACACAUGCUGUGUUGGUAGUCUAGUGACCUCAGCAUCUCUGGAAGUGAAAGAACAACCUCUGUAUUUCUGUGAGGAGCUCCGAAGACAAGAAAUAGAAGAAGGUGAGACUGCCAUUCUGAGCUGUGAGAUCUCUAAAACUGGAGUGGAAGUGCAGUGGAAGAAGGGAAUGCGGUUGCUUCUACCAGGAAACAAAUAUGAGACUAAGCAAGAUGGCUGUAAAUUACAGCUUCUUAUACAUGAGUUGAACAGUCAGGACAGUGGCAUCUAUAAAUGUUGUGCUGGUAGCUUGGUGACCACAGCUUCUCUUGACGUGAAAGAACAUCCAUUGUUCUUCUCUGAGGAGCUCCAAAACCAAGAAGCAGAGGAGGGUAACACAGUCAUAUUGGACUGUGAGCUCUCUAAACCUGGAGUUUCAGUGCAGUGGAAGAAGGGAGCAGUAAUACUUAAGCCUAGUCAAAAAUAUGAGAUUAAACAAGAUGGCCAUCAACUACAGCUUCAGAUCCAUGCAAUAACAGCUCAGGACAGUGGGCCCUACAAAUGUUGUGCUGGAAGCUUGGUCACAACUGGUUCUCUUGAGGUAAAAGAAAAGCCAUUGUUCUUCUCUGAGGACCUACAAAACCAACAAGCAGAGGAGGGCAGGACAGUAAUAUUGCGCUGUGAGCUCUCUAAACCUGGAGUUUCAGUGCAGUGGAAGAAGGGAGCAGUGAUACUCAAGCCUAGUAAAAAAUAUGAGAUAAAACAGGAUGGCCAUCAACUACAGCUUCAAAUCCAUGAGUUAACAGCUCAGGACAGUGGGCCCUACAAAUGUUGUGCUGGGAGCCUGGUCACAACUGGUUCUCUUGAGGUAAAAGAACAGCCAUUGUUCUUCUCCGAGGAGCUCCAAAACCAAGCAGCAGAGGAGGGUGAGACAGCCGUAUUGCGCUGUGAGCUCUCUAAACCUGGAGUUUCUGUUCAGUGGAAGAAAGGAACAGUGCUUUUGAAGCCUAGCACAAAAUAUGAGAUUAAACAGGAUGGCCGUCAACUACAGCUUCAUAUACAUGAGCUAACAGCUCAGGACAGUGGGCCCUACAAAUGUUGUGCUGGGAGCCUGGUGACUACUUGCUCUGUUACAGUGAAAGAGCAACCUAUAUUUUUCUGCAAGAACCUCCAAAGCCUUGAAGCUGAGGAAGGUAAAGCGACUGCCCUGACCUGUGAGCUCUCUAAACCUGGAGUUGCAGUGCAGUGGAAGAAGGGAACAGUGUUGCUGAAACCUGGAAACAAGUAUGAGAUGAAACAAGAUGGUUGUCUUCUGCAGCUUCAAAUAUAUGACCUGAAAAUUGGAGAUAGUGGCUCUUAUAAAUGUUGUGCUGGUAACAUGGUGACGACUGCUUCUCUUGUAGUGAAGGAACAUCCAUUGUUCUUCUUUGAGGAGCUCCAAAACCAAGAAGCAGAGGAGGGUAAGACAGCUAUAUUGCGCUGUGAGCUCUCUAAACCUGGAGUUUCAGUGCAGUGGAAGAAGGGAGCAUUGAUACUCAAGCCAAGUAAAAAAUAUGAGAUUAAACAGGAUGGCCAUCAACUACAACUUCAGAUCCAUGAGUUAACAGCUCAGGACAGUGGGACUUACAAAUGUUGCGCUGGGAGCCUGGUGACUAAUGGUUCAAUUACAGUGAAAGAGCAACCUAUAUACUUCUGCAAGAUACUUCAAAGUCUUGAAGCUGAGGAAGGUGAAACGGCGUUCUUGACCUGUGAGCUCUCUAAACCUGGAGUUCCUGUGCAGUGGAAAAAGGGAACAGUGUUGCUAAAACCAGGAAACAAGUAUGAGAUUAAACAAGAUGGCUCUAAAUUACACCUUCAAAUCCAUGAUCUAAAAUGUCAGGACAGUGGUGUCUACAAAUGCUGUGCUGCUAGGAUGGAGACAACAGCUUCUCUUGUUAUAAAAGAAGCUUCCCCUAGAAGUAAAGACAUCCCUCAAGCCCCACUAAGAUCAAAAGGGCAAAAAAUUAUGGAAGAAACACACAGUGGUCUAGUGCAUAAGAAACAGGCUGUGGUCAUUGAGGAAUCAGACAUCUCUAUUUUGGAGCCAUCAGAGGUUCACUUCCAGGUUCUCUGUGAGAAACUGACAGAUGACCAGGACGUCAAGAGCAAAUCAUUGGUGAGACAAAAGGGAAAAGAUGCGAGUUCCAAAAUGAUUAACGUGUCUAGUUGCACCAUGGAAGAACCUGAAAUUACUUCUCUUACAACCAAUGCACCUGAAGAACAAAGAAAAAAAGUGGUUGACAUUGGAUCCAAAGAGGUAACUAAGGUUUCUGUGGACCAGAACAAUGAAAAGAUCUCAGGGCAAGUUCAGAAGAAAACUUCAAGCAUAGAUACAAAUGAUCAGAGCAAGGAACCACCCAGAAAUGUUCCCCAGCCUCCACCACGGUCAAAGAGUAAGGCUUCACACCAAGACCAGUACAGUGUUUUUGAAGCAAACAACCAGAGUGUUAAAGAUCUAACUGUUGACAAGAAGGGCAAGAAACAAGAUGUUGUAAUGGAGCCCACUGUGGAGACCAAAAUAACAUCAAAACAUGCUGACCUAACACCAUCUUUCUCUAAGGAGAAGGUUUCCCAGCCACAUGUUGAAAUCAAAAGGCAACCCUAUGUUUUGGAAGCAAAGAAUCGAGAUAUGGACAUAAAACAAACUGUGGAUACCACUUUAAAGAUAUCAGAUUAUGGCUUAGAUCCACCAGUCUUCAAAGAGUUAACGGCCAAACAUGUUAAAGCAUCUAAAGAACAACCAUAUAAUUUAGAGGAAAGGAAGGAGUAUAUCAAAUUGGAAUCGAGUGUAAAUAAAGAAUCAAAGAAAGAGCUAAUUGUGGACUCCAUAUCUAAGCCAUCAGAGGUUGGUGAAUAUCCCGUCAGUAUGAAUGAAAAGAAGGAAACAAAAAAGAAAUCAUUGGAUGAAAAUGAAAUGCACAAGAAGCAAAAUGUCCAGUCUGAAAUGGGACCAAAAAUUGAAAAGGUUCAGUCCCAGGAUGAACAUCAUGGAAAAAUAACAAAGAAUGUUAAAGAAAAAGCACCAAGCAUUGCCAUUACAGGCCAGAAACCCAAAGAGCAAAUAAGUCUUGUACAGAAAACCACAACAUUGACCGUUAGGGAUGUGCAGAGGGAUUCACUAGAAGGUGAAACAGAUUUACCACACAUUGAUAGUGGAGAUCUGAAAAAUGUAAAGCAGAUUGUGGAUGAACAUCAUGGAAAAGUACCAAAGAAUGCUACAGAAAAAGCUACAAAAACUGCCACUGCAAGCCAAAAAUUCAAAAAAGAAAUUAUUUCUGCAGGGAAAGCUACAACAUUGUCCGUUAAAGAUGUGCAGAGAGAUUCACAGGUAGGUGAACCGAAUUUACCAGACAUUGAUAGUGGAGAUCUGAAAAAUGUCAAGCAGGUUGUGGAUGAACAUCAUGGAAAAGCACCAAAGCAUGUUACAGGAAAAGCAACAAAUAUUGCCUUUAAAAGCCAGAAAUUCAAAGAAGAAAUAAUCCAUGCAGAGGAAGCUACAACAGUGUCCUUUAGGGAUGUGCAGAAGGUGUCACCGAAAGUUGAGCCGAAUUUACCACACAUAGAAAAUGGAGUUCAGAAAAAUGUUAAGCAAGUCGUUUUUGAAGUAGAUGUUUCUGGGGAAUCUGUAAUUCAACCUGAGGAGACAACGCUAGAGCAGAUCACAAAUGUGGAUACUGGCAAACAGAAGUGUUCUCGAGUUGAGCACGAUAAUGUUGACAGCCCUGGUAUAGACAUAGAUUUUGAGGAUGAGCCAGAGAUACGUGAGGCUGCCAUAAAGAUACAAGCUGCUUUCAAAGGUUACAAAACUAGGAAAGACAUGCGUCUAGUCUUCAAAGAAGUGUUCAAGAACCAGAAUCUUGAUCUUGGUGGCACUGCAGUCCUGGAGUGUGUUGUGGAAGGUAAAAUCGACACUAUGCGCUGGCUUAAAGAUGGAAUAGAUCUGAGACCUGGGAAAAGGUACAAUAUCACCCAAAAUGCAGAUGGUAGGUGUUUUCUAGAAAUUUCCAGGGUUACAAACAAAGAUGCUGGAAUCUACACAUGUGAAGUUGCAAACAAGUUUGGAGCAAUUAGUUACAAUGGGAAUGUGAUGGUGGGUAAACCUCAGAAGCCAUCACAAACAAUUCAGACUGCACAAACACCAGAUACAGAAAUUGUCUCUGAGAAAGAGAUUGCUCCAGUCCUAAACACUGAAGAGGAGUCAUUGAGACUCGUCUAUGAUCUCCCGGCAGAUGACACCUACAGCAAGAUCAAGGAGAAAAGGAGAAGUCUAAUUUCAGUCAGCUCCAUAUCCUGUUACUCAGAUUAUGACACAGCCCCUGAUGUUGAGACUGAAUGCCAAUCUACGGGAAAAGAGGCAGAGAAGUCAAAAAAUAAGUCUCCUACUAAGACUUCUGAAGAAGAAAAAAGUGCUAGUUUACAACCUCGAAAGACUUCAGACCAGCUGAAAGGGAAAGGUUGUGAUUCACAGAGUCACACACCGUCUCCCAAACGCCUACAUCCCUACAAGCCUUCUGCAAAUACUGAGUCAUUCUCUGAGUCAGAUGGAGAUGAUGACAGAGGAGAGAUAUUUGAUAUUUAUGUGGCCAAAACCAAUUGUCAUCCUCUGGGAGGAAACAAAGAAGCUUUUGUACUAAAGGAAGGCCAAUUUGUGGAGGUCCUGGACUCAGCCCAUCCUGUGAGGUGGCUUGUCCGUACUAAGCCAACCAAGAUUACACCAUCCCGUCAGGGCUGGGUAUCCCCGGCGUACCUAGAAAAGAAGACAAAGGAAAUAUUUUCAUUGGCCCAUGAAGCAGAAAAGGGAGAAUCCCCUGAGAAAGGCAAAACAAGGAUAACAAAGGAUGAGCAUGGCUUGAUUCAAAGUCAGUUGAUCAAGGGACUCCUUGAUGGCGAGAACAGUUUUGUGCAGGAGAUGAACUUCUUUGUGGAGCACUUUUUGCAGAACUUAGAUACGAGCUUUCAAGUUCCUCUCACCAUCCUUAGUCAAAAAGAGUACAUAUUCCGUAAUAUCAGGGAUAUUGCAAAUUUCCAUGAAUGUUGUAUUCUCCCCAAGCUAGAGAUGUGCUUCUCAGAUGAUGAUGUAGGCCAGUGUUUUGUCAGUUAUGCACCAGACUUUGAGAUGUAUCUCCAGUUCAUUACAGGCCUUCCCCAAGCUGAGGCCUGCAUCUCAGACAAAAACACACAGCAUUUCUUCAAGCAAUAUGCAAACACAGAGUUGGCACAUCUGGAUACCCAGGUCUUUGAUGUUAGCACGAAUUUGCAGAAACCCAUGGAAAGAAUUCAAACAUACAAGAAUGUACUUAAGGAGCUUAUCAGGAACAAAGCAAAGAGCGAACAGAACUGUUGCCUGUUAGAGGAUGCCUUUGCCAUGGUUUCCAGCUUGCCUUGGCGUGCAGAGAACUUGCAUCAUCUUUCCAUGAUUGAGAAUUACCCAGCACCUCUCAAGGGGCUUGGAGAACCCAUUAGACAGGGCCAUUUUACAGUAUGGGAGGAGAUUCCUGAGGUCAAAGUCUCUCAGAGAGGACAUCACCGCCACGUCUUUCUCUUUAAAGAUUGUAUUGUAUUCUGCAAGCCAAAGAGAGAACUUGGCACAUACACUGAGGCCUACAUAUUCAAGAAUAAAAUGAAGUUGAGUGAUAUUGAUGUAAAGGAUACAGUGGAAGGAGAUGACAGGUCAUUUGGUCUUUGGCAUGAGCACCGGGGAAUGCUGAGAAAAAUUAUUCUGCAAGCUCGAUCAAUCCUCCUCCGCCUCUCUUGGCUCAAAGAUCUGAGAGACCUGCAGCAGCGCAGCAAACAGCCCGCUUGGAGUGCCCCGUGCUUUGAGCAACAUCUUACUAACUAUCCAGCAAAGCUUGGACAAACUGUAAAACUGGUCUGCAAGGUCACUGGCACACCAAAACCAGCAAUAAAGUGGUAUAAAGAUGGUCAUCCUGUGAAGGAUGACGAACAUCACAUUACAUCAGAAGGACAGUUGGGUGCUUGCUAUCUUGUACUGACUGGCGUCACAGUGGUGGACUCAGGUCAAUACAUGUGUUAUGCAACCAAUCCUGCAGGGAACGCAAGCACUCUGGCUAAUAUCAUGAUUGAUGUGCCUCCAAGUUUCACAACAAGACUACAGAACUCAGUGCUUGUAAAGGGACAAGAUAUGCAGUUCAAGUGCUCCACACAAUCUGCUCCUUUACCGUCCAUAAGGUGGUUUAAGGAUGGCGUUCAACUUGAAAACACCAGGAAACAUCUGAUUCAAUCUGAUGGCCAGACAGGAAUUCUCACUCUCACCAUAAAGACAGCGGAAGAGGCAGAUCUGGGUCAAUACCAGUGUGAGCUACUGAAUGAAGUGGGCAGUGCCAAGUGUAAAGCUGAACUCUGCCCUCCAGCACCAUUAGCUGUGACGGUCAGCACCCAAAAACAAUCACAAACUACCCCAGCUCCAGAGCCCCAAUCAGAAGGUUGGUCCAGUUCCUUUGUGAAGAACCUGUUUCAUAUACUCUUUAAGCCUGGAUACCCUGAACUACCUGCUGCUGGCGUUGAAGAUAAACACACUCUUGAAGAACAGGAUGAUGUGGAGAGGCAGGUCCAGGCAGCACAGCUAGAGGGACCCAUGGAUCCUGAGGAACACUUUUACUCAAACACAGAGGAGCUGCUGACAGAGCCUCCAGCUGUGCAAGUGGCCAUUGAAAACCUGACAGUCCGGCCUGGUCAGGCUGUGACGUUCUCUGCGAUUAUUACUGGCCAACCCACCCCAGACAUUCAAUGGUUUAAGGAUGACAAGGAAAUCUCAUCCAAUGAGUACACAGAAAUAGUCCAAAGUAGUGCGCGUUGCUCUCUCACUUUGCUGGAUACUCAAACAGAGGAGUGUGGCACCUACACGUGCAUAGCUAGCAACAGUGCAGGACAAGCAUCUUGCCACGCUAAACUCUGUGUUGAUACAGGUCUAGAUGAAAUUGAGGAGGAGAAAGAAGUGGAGUUUGGAAAAAGACGGAAACUACAUUCUGUAUAUGAAGUUUAUGAAGAAAUAGGAAGGGGCACCUUUGGAGUGGUUAAAAAAGUAACACAUAGGGCGAGUGGCGAAUGUUUUGCUGCCAAGUUCCUUCCACUCAGAAGCAGCACACGGACCAGAGCGUUCCAGGAGAGAGACCUACUGUCCCGUCUAGCUCACCGCAGACUCGCAUGCCUCCUGGACUUUUUCUCCACAAGACGCACCCUGGUGUUGGUUGUAGAAUUAUGUUCUACACAGGGGUUACUAGAUCAUUUGUUUUUAAAGGGGUCGGUUACAGAGAGGGAGGUUCAGUUAUAUAUUCAGCAGGUUCUGGAGGGCAUUGGAUACAUACACAGUAUGAACAUUCUACAUCUUGAUAUCAAAACAGACAAUAUCCUAAUGGUGUCCCCUGCUAGAGAAGACAUCAAAAUCUGUGACUUUGGAUUCUGCCAGGAAAUUGACAACUCCAGACAUCAGUACAGUGUGUUUGGGACACCAGAAUUUGUUGCUCCAGAAAUUGUCCACCAAGAACCUGUGACAGUAGCCACUGAUAUCUGGUCUCUUGGUGUGGUUACUUACUUAUGCUUAACAUGCCACUGUCCUUUCUUCGGUGAGAACGACCGUGCCACACUGAUGAAGGUUGCUGAGGGUUUGCUGUACUGGGACACUCCUGAGAUCACAAGCAGAAGUGUGGAGGCACAGGACUUCCUACAUAGGGUUCUACAGCCAGACCCAGAAAUGAGACCAUCUGCAUCUGAAUGUUUGAGUCACGAGUGGUUUCAGGGCUAUUAUGAAGAUGAAGAACCAGAGGACAUAAAUACUAAAAAUGUAAAAUCUUUUAUUUCAAGAAGAAAAUGGCAGCGUUCUUUAACAUGCCUCGGCUCGGUUCUGACUCUGAGACCGAUCCCAGAGUUAUUGGAGGCUCCUCUGCGUGAUGUUUCGAUUACAGCUGCAAAGGAGUCCCAGGAGCCCAGCAGCACCUCGCUAAGUAGUGGAUCCUCUUCAGAUUAUGAUGAGGCUGAUGCCUGGGACUUCUUCCAGCAGGCGAGCCAGGAGGAUGAAGAUGAUUUGGAAGAAGAGGAUGAAUAUGACCCCUACGCUCAUGUGUCAAAGACGCCCACAAUUUUAAAACGGGAUGAGGAAGAUGUGCUUAUUGGUAAGGACAGAGUUCACAGUAGCCCGCUGGUGAUUCCCAUGAACUCACCAUCACCAGAGCCGAUAAGCUUGGAGCAAAGGGACAGUAGCCCCUCUCUUCACCUCUCUGAGGGAGAUGAAGAAUUGGCUGGUGAGCUUCCCAUACCACGUCAUAGCCUCAUCAAAAGCACUUUUUACUGCAGCUCCGAGCAGCUCUCACCCAUAUCUGCUCGUCACAUGACACUGCGGGAUAAAAUCCAAGCUAAAAAGCAAGAGCGUGGCCGUAAACCCCUCCGUGCAAGCCUCUCCGGUAGGUUGAACGAGCCCCUAAUAGAGUAUGUAGAAGAUUCCCCAGACUUAGAAGCCAAUCGUAACCAAAGAAGAGGAUCAAUCCAUUCGUCUAUCCUUAAGUCCAGCUCGUUUGAUAGUGGAGUGAGUGCUGCCCAUCCAAACAUACACACCCAGAGAAGAAGCAGAUCAUUAGAUGUGUGCAUGCAACGCUCUCCAGCUUCAAUCAUGCAGGGAGAAAACAAGCAUGAUGUCGAAGUUAGCCAGAAGCCGGACGCCACUGACGAAGAGGAGGCAAAAACUGAAGAAGUCCAAGUGAGAAGGAAACUCCUCCGUCGCUCUGCGUUUUUGUCGAAAAAGGGCCCCGUUGUUAUGAGGAAGGUGAGAGCGCAGGUCCAUGAGCUCGAAGAAGGACAUCAGCCAGUCUUGAAAUGUUCAAGUGAGGAUGACAUGCAAUUGCAGAUCAUGGAAACAGAAGCAGCACAUUUAGGUGAUGAGGAGAGCGUGGAUGGCUCACAGCUAUCAUCGCUAGCAUGCUCGCUUGACCACGGUUCAGAGGCAUCUAGCAGGGUAGGCUCAUAUGAAGAACUCUCUCAUAAACACCAACACGGUGAAAUCUUGAUCGCUGGAUCCUCUGGAAAAACAUCUCCAUGCUCUCUUCUACAGGACUCUGAGGAUGAUGACAUGGAGAGCGUUCUGAGAUCUCUUCGGCAAGACAUCCCGCAAGCCCCGCCAAGACGGCGCACCAACAGUUCAAGCUCUGGAUUAAAUGAGAUGCGACAUAAGAGCGGCAUUGCUCUGAGAAGAAGCUCCUCUGCAGUUCCUGUCCAGGCUGUGGUUGCAGGCCAAGAAAGCAAAGAGGUGCUUCAAAGAUAUGCCUCAGCCCCAGCUCUACAAGACAAGCCCCCGAGUGGGAAAUCUUCCAAGCCUGGAUUCAUGAAGAUCUUCCGCAAGCACUCGUGGGCUAGCCAUUCUUCUCCUCAGCUAGAGGGCUUGGAAAAGAAACAAGCAGAAGGAGCAUCCACUCGGCCCAAGACCCCUCUUCUAACCUUGAGGAAGAAGAUGCAAGCUUCAGCAUCUAGCAUUACGAAAUUGUUCACCCGACAGUGCAGCAUGGAUGACGUAGAGAAGAAGAAAGGCGCAGGACCAAUUGUGAAGAACCCUUCGCCUGUCAUGCCAGAGAAAAUGACUCACCCUGCCCCAGUUCCUGCUGCCACUUCAUCGGAAAGUCCUCAGAAGAGCUCCAAAUUGUUCUUGCUGAAAAUGCCGAUAUUUAAGAAAACCAAAGAAAGUCCAGUCAAACCAUCCAGGCCAGAUGUCAUUCAGCUAGCAGUGGGUGGAGCUCUUGUGUUCUGGAAACCUGUGCCAUCCAAAGACCUUGUCACGUAUUGUAUUCAGUAUAGUGUAAAUGGUGGGGAGUGGAGAACAUUGUCAGAGAAUGUCACAGACAGCUGUUUCACUGCUAAUGCCCUUCCGAGAGGACCGGGAUAUAUAUUCAGAGUGUCAUUUAACACCAAGACAGGGUUGGCACCUUUCAGUGACCCUUCACCACCUGCUUUUAUGGCCACGCCUUAUGAAGAGUCUCACAAUCCUCUCAUUCAGAUGGAAUCUAUUGGGUCAAAGGUCACUGUACCUGGAGGUCUUGGCACUGAGAAGUCUUAUAAAUUCCUGUCUGAAAUCAACAGAGGCCGUUUCAGUGUGGUAACGCAGUGUGAGGAUAGUCGCAGCUCUCAGAUGUUGGCAGCUAAGAUAACCCACUACAGACCAGAGCAGAGGCAAUUGGUUUUGAGGGAAUAUCAACUGCUUCGCCGGCUGAGUCACCCUCGGAUCGUCCAGCUGCAGUCGGCCAUCCUCACCCCAACCUGCCUGGUGCUUAUAGAGGAGCUGUGCUCAGGGCGAGAGCUUCUUUAUAACCUUGCAGAAAGGAAUCUAUAUUCAGAAACGCAUGUGACAGACCUACUAGAACAGAUUCUGAGCGCUGUGGAUUACCUGCACAGCCGACGCAUUGUACACCUGGACCUAAAGUCAGACAACAUGCUUGUGACAGGCCGAAAUGUAGUGAAGAUUGUUGAUUUGGGCUCCGCUCAGCCCUUCACUCCAGGACAGGCGCUGAACAUCGAACACAUCAAAGAAAUGACAGAUAAUAAAGUUUAUAUUGUCCUUCCUAAAGCUCCUGAAAUCUUAGAUGGACAAGGAGUUGGACCCGAAACUGAUAUCUGGGCUGUUGGUGUUUUGGCUUUUAUAAUGUUGAGUGCAGACAGUCCCUUUCAUGCUGAUUUAAAUUGGGAGAGGGAUCGAAACAUCAAAAAAGGAAAGAUCCAGUUCAGUCGUUGUUACCCAGGUCUCUCAGAGGGAGCCAUCAACUUCAUGAAGAACACCAUGAGCAACAAAUCCUGGGCAAGACCAACAGCUGCAGAGUGCCUCCAAAACCCCUGGAUACAAGGAGACCGUCCUCCCUCCAAACACAGCGACUCUGUGGUCUGUUUUUCAACAGACAAGCUGCAGGCCUAUCUCAGGGAAAGAGAGCUCAAGCGAGACCACGUCCGCACAAAAAUUAAACUGCCCCUCUUGUAAUUCAAGGGAUAGAACAUAUUUGGUGGCUGAAAGUGAUGUGUGAAACUGUAAAAUGCUUUUAGUUUUUUUUUAAGCAUAGAUUUAUUUUUUGUGCUGCUCUCCCACAAGGGGAAAGAUUAUGAUGAAAGGUUUUAGCAGUAAUGAUAAUCAAUUAUAUUUCUUUAGAUAGGCCUACAAUUUUUCAACUGGUGUAAUCCGGCUAUCUGCAUGACAGUUCUUCGAUUAUUGCUUUGUAAUCAAUCAAACAGUGACACAUUACUUAAACACUAUUUUACAAUAGUUUAAAUUUAUGCAUGUUAUCUAUCUAUCUAUCUAUCCAUCCAUC